AUGUUUCCACCGCAGCAAGGUAUCUCGCUCGACAUCGAGGCUCUGUCCGGCAUUUGCGGCUCCAUCUCCAUCGCGUGCUGGGUCGUCGUCUUCUCGCCUCAGAUUAUCGAGAACUUCCGGAGAGGCUCGGCCGAAGGACUAUCCGUCGUCUUCAUCGUGGUGUGGCUAGCCGGCGAUGUCUUCAACAUUUUGGGAGCUAUCCUGCAAAGGGUCCUGCCGACCAUGAUCAUCCUGGCAAUCUAUUACACGCUGGCAGAUAUCGUGCUCUUGGGCCAGGUGUUCUACUAUCGAGGCUUUACCUUGACGGACAAAGUCAAACCCAAGCCUUCAUCGAAUGGAGAUGCAGAGACGCGGCCUCUACUCCAGACUGAUUCGGCGACGCAGCCACAUACGGGGGCAGAAUCAACAUCGAUAUCGCAAUGGCAACGACAUCUGUCCGUGGACGGUACUCAUCUGUCACCGGCAACUCCCCUUAUCGAUCCUCCCAAGGCGAAUGAAAUACCUGCCAUCAGCAGCGCCAGGCCGACCAGCGCACUUCAGACGACCCUAUGGAACGCCUUUGCCAUUCUCCUUGUCUGCGCAGCAGGAGUCUUUGGUUGGUGGAUCGGGCAACAGAGGACCCGACACCACGUCAAGCAAGACGAGCCUGAACCGCUGGAGUUUGACAUCCUCGGCCAAGUCUUUGGGUAUCUCUGCGCAGUGCUCUACCUAGGGUCACGGGUCCCGCAGUUGCUCCUCAACUACAAGCGCAAAAGCACCGAGGGCGUCUCGUUACUGUUUUUCCUAUUCGCCUGCAUUGGCAAUUUGACGUAUGAUAUGUCCAUUUUUGCAUAUUCGCCUGUUUGCCACAAGCCGGGCCACUGUGCGCCGGGUGAAGCGAAGACUUUGUAUUUGAGGUAUAUUGCGGUGAAUGCUAGUUGGAUCGCGGGUAGUCUGGGGACGCUGUUGCUGGACAUGGCCAUCUUUGUGCAGUUUUUCUUGUACACCAAAGAUGAGGAAGAAGACAAUGAGGUUGCCGUGGUGGACGAGGACUAA